AUGUUGUCAAUUUCGAAAACUGCAUACCUCUUUUGCAUACUGUUCACCACUGUCUAUUCCGUAGUCCUUCCGUCUGGGUGCAACCAAGGCAACGAACCCCAGGAUAUUGACAAUGCUAUACAAGAUGCCGUGGAGCUUGCCAGAGCGGCGCUUGCGGCCCUCACGUCCGGCAAGGUAAACGGUAAUGAAAACGUGUUUAAGGGCGCCUACAAUCCACUGUUCGCUCCAGAAGACAGACUAGAAGAUCAUGUCGUGUUGCACAGGAGCAACAGGUAUUGGGUGGAUAAGGACUACGCAAGCAAGCCAAAUGCGAAACCUAUGCCCAUUCCGAUCGGGGUUGGUGACCCAGCGAAAGGGCUUAAGCCGGGGGCUUUCGGGUCAUAUGCAACCCUAGGUUACAAAUUCAACGAUGAAUACGAUACCGAAGGCCACGGGCAUAUUUAUAUAGCAGAGAACAGACGGCGUCCACCAACGAACACGUUCAGGGACGUGAGGCGGUAUCCAGACAUCGUGAGGGACGGCCUUGAUCCGAGAUUCACAGCUCUCGAAAACAUCAAACCCUUGGCACAAACUAUGCUGCAUGAGUUAAUCCACGUGGCUGGUGGAUUAACUGACCCAGAUCCAAACCGGAAGAACAAACGAGACUUCAAGAUCAAUGAUGGACCAUCAAACGAUAAAACAUAUGGUUGGAUGAAGUGUAACAAACGACGGAAGACUCGCAAACCAAAUAUACACAUUGCUGAUUGUAUUACUUUCCUAGCGCAAGCUAUUUACCUGCAAAUUGGAGGCAAGGACACGUAUUGGACGACCGGAGAGGUUGAUAUAAACACUUUGCGCCCAAAACACAUCCCUCGACAGACGUCUUAG